GAGCACAAGGCAACCGAGAAGCCAAGAGCUAGUAGAGCCGCGCCAAAGACCAAACAAGUCACUAGCGGUAUAAAAACCCACGGCCUCUUGUCCUUCUCCUCCCGAAGAUAGAUAGAAGAACGAGGGCAGCUCUUCGCAACAAGUAUUGCAUCUUCAGUGACAGUGAGAGACAAGUCCACUCCAAGGAAGAGGGCAAGAAGGAGAAAGGAAGCACUGCGUGUGUUCAGUGCUCCGGCGAUGGGCGGCGGCGGCGGCGAGAAGGGAGUCGUGAGGCGGUACGUCAGAUCCAGGACUCCUAGGAUGCAUUGGACGGCCGAGCUCCACAGCAGCUUCCUGCAGGCCAUUCGCUGCCUCGGUGGUGAACGCCAUGCUACACCUAAACUGGUUCUUCGGCUCAUGGGUGUGAAGGGCCUUACCAUUGCUCAUGUCAAGAGCCAUCUCCAGAUGUACAGAGGACCGAGCCCUCGCAGGGUGAAGAAAGAUGCGCAACCACAGCUGCAAAGGAAGCACUCAUGUGCUGCUGAUGAGCAAGGAGGCCCCAAGGCGUUCAUGUGCCCACCUCUGAAAAGGGCCGUGAUGGGGACAGAGGCCACACACAAAGGCAUGCAAGGAAGCCAUGGAAUCAGUGAGAUGAAGACUGCUGCUGGCCCUGGUAGUACCCAGCAUUGCAUUGAUGAUUACAUGCAAGCCUUGGCCGUGGAGAGGAGAAUAAAGGAUGAGGGUCUCAGGUGGCAGAGGGAUGCUGCUGCCACCGCUGCUUCCAACCUACAAACCGUGGGAUGUUUGGAGCAAGGAUCUGGCGACUUUAAGAUCAUGAAACCGGAAGCACGAUACCCUGGUCCGGUCUUCCUCUUUGGCGAUGCAGCAAGGGAAAUUUCUCCGGAGCAACGCUCGCUGCCACUAUCCCUUGCCCUGGACCCGAAAGUCAUCGACGCCGGCUCCUCAUCGCGGAGCGAAGGCAGCUGCAUCAUCUCUUCGCCGUCACCCAGGGGGAGGAGCUCCAGCGGCUGCUCCGGGCACUCCUUCAGCUUUGACGCCUCGGGAGUAAACCUGGAACUCUCAUUGUCCAUCUGUGGAUCAUAGAUCACUGGCCGAAAUUUUGUACAUUGGUCAGUCACUCGUUUGGUGCAAGAUGUUAGGAAGUUAGCUAGUGUUAGGUUAUCUUGUACCUCGUACGUGCAUCAGUGGCGAAGUUAUCUAGUAUCACGGUCGUACUGUUUGCUUUGAGGCUUCAGCACCAAAAAAGAAGGAAGCAAAAGGCCGAGAUUCUUGCCUCAGCCAUCUUUUCCUUUUGCCCA